AUGCAACGAUACACACCCUCAAAAUUCUAGACCAUUGCCAAUUCAUCUCAACCAUUCAUGGGUCCGGUCAUCUUCUCACGAUUGUCCAUGUUCCCUGCCGUCCUAUUUCUUAUUGUAAUGGUGGGCUGCUCUAAUGCCGAAGAGUCAGCCCCGAUGGAGACGAACAUGGUAUUCUACUUACAAGAUUGGGUAACAGGUCCAAACGUGACAGCCGUUCCUGUUGCCGGACUCAAGAAUUCUACUGUCCUCGGCUUCGGCACCAUAACGGUUAUUGACGAUGCUGUGACAGAAGGGAUUGAGAGGAACUCGACGCAAGUUGGGCGAGCACAGGGAAUAUAUGUGAACUCCGCGUUGGACGGUAGCGAUUUGCACCUUGCGUUUUCGAUCGUCUUUACGAAUGAGAAGUACAACGGGAGUACGCUAGAAAUCCAAGGUGCAGAUAGGUGGCCAUUGACGCAGAGGGAGGUGUCGGUGGUGUCCGGGACAGGCAUGUUCCGGUUCGUCAGGGGAUAUGCUGUCUUAGAGACGGCCUACUUUUCUGGAUUCAAUGCAGUUAUCAAGUGGAACGUGACACUUCGUCAUUAUUGAAUGGAAUUAGAUUUUUAUAAUUGAAAACUUAAAUUCAUCUCUUUUGGUGAAUUUGUGGUCUUUGGUUUGGAUGCUACAAAUCAUGAAUAUUUCUUCAUGGUUUCGUUCCUGGUUAUGUAAACCGUAUUUUAAUAA